AAUCCAACAUGGGUCGGUUUGGCAACUGACAUACAGGUGUGCUUCAUAUAGGAGAAAGUACACACGUGAGAGGUUGCUAUGGAGACGGAGCUUGAGUGAGAGAACUGACAGAAGCAUGAAAUUCAGAUCAAGAAACAUGAAGAGCCUAAUAAAAAAUUUGAUGUGGAAACACAAGCCGUUCUGGAGGCUGUACCUGCGUAACUUUGUGAUUUUGGCUGUGGUUGCAAUGGGCUCGGUUUUCCUUGCCUGUCUUGAUGAAGAUUUUACAACCAAAGUGAGGGGAUAUGUUUGGAAAAUAGACAUAAAGACUCUGGCCAAGCAGUAUAAAGACGAAUCAUCACUUUACAUCGACCGGACACAAGCUGACCAUUUGUUCAACAAGGUCAAAGUGCUGUGUUUUAUUCUAACUAUUGAAAGAAAACUGACAGGGCAGGUCCAGAUCGUAAACAAUACGUGGGCGAGGCGCUGUAACAAAGUAUUGUACGUCCUGUGUACGGACCACAAGGCACCGGACCUCCUUUCCACGUGUUCCGUCGGUGAGAGUAGGAAUCACCUGACCGGGAAAGUCCGGUACGCUAUCAAACAUUCCUACGAACAUUACAUGGAAAAAUACGACUGGUUUUUAAAGGCGGAUGACGAUACGUAUGUGAUAAUGGAGAAUCUCCGGUAUCUGUUAUCACAUUACCCCACGAAUAAGGCGGGGUAUCUGGGUUAUCAUUUUAAAGUACAUAUAGACCAAGGGUACAUGAGUGGAGGGGCCGGGUACAUCAUCAACAGACAGGCUCUCAAACAGGUUGUGGAGCAGGGGUUCCGACGGGACAGUUGUCUUCAGGACGGUGGCGACGAGGAUGUGGAAAUGGGUAGAUGCCUUGAAGCGUCCAACGUGCAGGUGUUUAGCUCACUGGACAAAUUUGACCGGGAGACUUUCCAUACGGACAAACCUUGGCAGCAUAUCUGGGGAAUUCCACCAGGAUAUCUCAACUUAUAUUCUAGAAAUGGAGUAAGAAAGGGAGCCGAUUGCUGUAGUCAGUUCUCCGUUUCCUACCAUCAUGUUGAUGCAGCCACCAUGGCGUUCAUGGAGCAAAUGCUUUACAGGACAAGUGUGUACGGACGACACGGACUGACAAACGCCACCAACGUCUUUCCACAACGAUUUUUAACCGGACACUGAACCUUAACUGCCUGUAAAUUGUUAGCUGGACUGCUCGCUAAUUAUAUAAGUCUUUCCCUGUUCUGCAUCAAUCUUGAUGGCAUCCUGGCAUAAUAUUAUUUUUGGGGGAAUCUCCAUGACAUCAUUGUUAAGGGGAUUCCCCAGAGCUAUAUUAGAACACUGUAGAUGUAUUUUACUGUAAAAUUCUCAAUAUUUUACCAUAUUUUGCCUGUUUAAUGAUUUAUGCUCUGUAGAACUUUUGAUUGCCAUGAAGAACCAGUGGUUCUUUGCCUAAGGCGAUAGGGAAGGAUAUCUUUAAAAUCAUAUCAUGUAUAUUUGAAUACUCGAUACAGGAAAAAUUAUAGGCACAUUCUGCAAAUCUGAAUAGCCAACAGUGGCCCAGGGCAACGUUCGUUUAUCCCGAUCCAAACAGUUAAACCGGUUGGACCAGAAUUGUUCAUGCUGCUUUCUGGCGAGCCUUGAAAAAGCCUUCCAAGGUCUGCAUAAACAUUUGCAGGUUCGCAUAGAUUUAUAUCCGAAAAUGUAUCAUUUAAAAACAGACGAACUGGUUGAACCAGAUACAGGAAAGGGACAUUCAUGUCAUUGCAAUUAUCAGGACAUUGCAGAGUUACUUCCCUUCUUCACUCUGUACGGCUUGUCAUGAGUUCUAUAGUUUAUUGUCAUAUUUAUUAGCGUGGUACAAUCAUUACAUUGACAGUUAUAUAGAAAUAUUGAUCAGUUAUAAAGAUUGACAUGGUUUAUAUUCGUUACAAUAGAUUCCUCCUGGCCAUUGUUUUGUGGUGAAAGUAAGUUUUGACAAAUAAUGUAUCCGUGUUUACAUUUCUGUGUUAAACACUUGUUACCUAUGAUUCAGUUAGUCCCCAGUGUAAUAUUGUGCCAAACAUUGCACUACCAUACAGCAGUUCUUUACCGUGAAGAAAUACUGCCUCAUCCUGAAUAAGAAGGCAAAUUCAUUUUUAAACUCGAUUACAGAAAUAUCUUGGUGUAUGGUAUGCCAUCUUUAGUCUAUUAUCAGUGUUGGACACAGUUUGAUAUCUGCAUUACGAUGAUGUUUCAUUUUACAAUGUACUAGCAUCAGUUACGCUGUAUAACAUGUGGCAUUGACUGUGCAUUAUAAACAUUCCUGGUUUUCGUAGUUGGAGAUCAAAACAUUUUUUUCUGAUCUUAAUGUGUUAGGUGUGCUUCCUUUGAUCUAAGUACUAGUUGUAUUCGGUUCCUAAAAUCCAUUACAUGAUGGCCAUUGUAAUGGGAGAUGAAGGUAGCGAACACACAGGUGACUGACCUUUAGAAGUUGGUAACAGAUAUAGUUUUUUUGUAUGGUAACAGUCUUUUUAACUAAAAAAGUUCAUUAAAUAUGAUUUUUUUGGCACAACAUUUGAAUGGCACAGCCAUUUAUGUGUGUAAAGAUGGCUGUGUCAUUGAAACCUUGUGCCAAAAAAAUCAUAUUCAAUGUAAAUAGCUAUACAAAUAUCUGCAGUGUAUGUGUGCAUACCUCUAAAUGGACUGGAUAGAGAUCUGUGUGAAAUUGUGAAUAAAAUAGAAUUAUUAUCUUUUGCAUAGCAACUGUUUUGAUGGAAAAUGAUAUGAAAAGUAAGAAAAUUCUUUAAGAUUUCUCUAUUUUUUCAUUUUAUUUUUUUCGAUUUGUUCGACAACAACACAAUGUGCUUGUUCUGAGGCUGGUUGUUUGAUUGUUCGCAAGUCUUCACCACCUUGUUCUGAAGCUGGUUGUUUGUUGGCAAGUCUUCACCACCUUGUUCUGAAGCUGGUUGUUUGAUUGUUCGCAAGUCUUCACCACCUUGUUCUGAGGCUGGUUGUUUGAUUGUUGGCAAGUCUUCACCACCUUGUUCUGAAGCUGGUUGUUUGAUUGUUGGCAAGUCUUCACCACCUUGUUCUGAGGCUGGUUGUUUGUUGGCAAGUCUUCACCUUGUUCUGAGGCUGGUUGUUUGAUUGUUCGCAAGUCUUCACCACCUUUGUGUACGACUUCAUUUAAUUAUUGUUAUCAUUGAUUGACCAAACAAGGUCAUAUAUAAAAAGACUGGCUUCUUUUUUCUAAGCCAUAUUUUCAUUCCACCACUUUGAUUUUUUUUUAGAAAAAACAAAGUGCUUUUAAAUGCAAAGACUGUCACCCAGUCAGUGCACACAUAUUUAUCAUUUUUUUAAAGGCAGUGCUUAUUUUGAAAACUUUUAUUUGAUAUUAAUAUCUUUGUAUCAUCAAUUAAAUUGUACUUGUUGGUAUUGUAUAUACAUUUAUUUCAUACUUGGUGAAUCUUUCUACAAUAAAUUACAGUCACUGUUCAGACUAUGCAGUACAAGGUUAGAUGUAUUUCACUCUGUAAUAUAAGCUGUUGUAUAUGACCCCAGUAAACUCCUUUUUACGCUAGAAUGUAUUAGUUAGUUGUUAUCCACUGGUUAAAUGGAAGAAUUGAAACAAGAAUGAGUUCUGAACAUUCAGCACUGUUAUAUGCAAUGGUAAAUGACAUCAAUAUUCCGUCCACAACAUCGUUUUGUCUGCUUCAUGUUUUACAGAUGCAAAUUAACCCUUUUCACCCCUAGGUAACUUGAGUUGACUCGAUCUACCAUACAUUCACCUGGAUGAGUCCAUGAUGGUCUACAGUGGUGAAAGGGUUAAACACUUAUACAGGGUAAUGGUGAGUGACAUUUUGUAAAUAUACAUGCAUGUUUGUUAAAGAAGUAACACCACACACAAGUGUUCACCCGACUCCCAGGCUUUAUGAGAGAAGGAUGACCGGGUGAUGCAAAGUGUGACUGAGGUUUAAUUCCCUGAUUGGACAUGAAAAGGUAUGGGGUCACCUGCCCGAUCACGUCGGUUUUCUCCAGGUACUCUGGUGUCCUUUUUUAUUGAAGCCUACUGCAUGCUAAAAACCGGGCCAACAAGAGUGAUUAGUAUAAGUUUUUAACUUGUGUCAUAAUUGUUGUAAAAUAAAUAAAGUUUAUUUAUAUAUGAGAGAAUUGUGUGUAUGUAUAUUUUACCUCGGCUGUUUAUUACCUCGUAUAAUGACAUCCAUUUUACGUCCCGUGGAAGACAUAACAUAUUCCUUAACAAAUAUAGGGUUGAUGACUCGGCGAGGGUCAGUGAAAACAUGAUGGGGAUAUUUCCAUAUCUUGAUACUGUUCACCGGGAGAUUUUCUCCUUUUUCGUCCUCCAUAAUGAAGGCGAAUUUACCCUUACAGCGAAGAUAAGUAAACAGCAUAAUAUAUGUAUUAAUUAUAUGUGAAGGGCGAGAUUAACACUGGGCGAAAGUUGAUUUCAUGGGCAAAGGGCGAAAGUUUGACAUGGCAAAAUUUUCCCUGUAUACAGUAGUGUUGACUAAACCUUGUUUCCAUGUUAUAGGAGUUUUAUAACAGUUUUUGUCUACUGUAUAAUGUUCCAAUUUGUUUUCCUUUUAUGCAUCCAAAGCGUAUUCGCUGAGCACCCGAUCCCCACGUGAUAAACAGCAUAAAUAGUAGUGACAGAGUGCUAAUACCUCACAGGUGUUUAGAAUUUGCAGAUUUUUGUCAAAAUGUCAAUAUAUAGCAACAACAACACUUUGUGAAGUUUAAACACCAUACAUUACCUCCACAUGUCCUUGCUGAAACUACUGAAAACUUACAGCCUCAUUUCAUAAAUCUUAUAUCUAUUGGAAAAAGUAAGAAUCUUUGUUAUUUAACAUGAGUUUCUAUUCCUGAUCAUAAUACACAUUAUAAGAUAAUGUUGCUACUGCAUAGCUGCUACUUCCUCUGAAUUUUUUGUUGACACAUCUUCAAAAUGUUAUUGUAAAUUUUUGAGAACAAAAAUCUUGUGUUUUUAAGAAUAUCCACUAUCUUACUUCAGAAUACACCUUACCAGUACAAAAAAGAAUUCCACAAAGCGUUUUGCAUUAAUUUACAUGUAAGAUGCAUAAAUCUCCCAUGAAUAAAUUAGCUGGACUUUUUAAAUGAAUUGAUGACAUAUUGAAAAAAAAAAAUGAAAAAUAUACAGAUUUGAAUGCAUUGAUGUCAUUCAAGAAAUUCUAAAAUAUUAGAAAAUACUAAUGUCAUGUUUUUUAAGGGACACAACUCACACAGAAAUCAAAGGUAGAAAGUCUAAGGUAACGUGCCAGUAAGUGAAAGAGUUCUGUACCCUUAUGAAGAAAUGUCUAUUUGAAAUUACACAAAUGCCAAUGUAAUGACAACCCUCUUGAAUAGCCAGCCAUACAUGGUCAUUUAUGUUUAAAGAGGGAGAUGUACUGAGGGUAAAACCCCCAGAUAAAGUACUUGUAGUACAAAAUGUAUUCAUCUUUUAAAAAGUCUUGCAUGAAGGAUUGUGAACAUCAAUGAUUUAAUAUUGAUAAAUUACUGUGAUAUUUUCAUUUUUCUCCCAAAAAUCAAAUCAUUUGACAUUUUGAAUUAGGAUGUAUUUCCGAAUAUUGUGAAAAACAACAAAUGUAGGGUUUACAAAAUAUGAGUUAUGAGAGAUCGAUGUCCUGUCUGUUUUGGUUAUAAAUGUACCUAAAUACACGUUAAGUUAUGAGAGAUCAGUGUUCUGUGUGUUUUGGUUAUAAAUGUACCUGAAUACAUGUUAAGUUAUGAGAGAUCAGUUUCCUGUGUGUUUUGGUUAUAAAUGUACCUAAAUACACGUUAAGUUAUGAGAGAUCAGUGUCCUGUGUGUUUUGGUUAUAAAUGGACCUGAAUACACGUUAAGUUAUGAGAGAUCAGCGUCCUGUCUGUUUUGGUUAUAAAUGUACCUAGAUACACGUUAAGUUAUUAGAGAUCAGUGUCCUG